AUGAAGACAAGUGAGUCGAUCUACUAAGAGAGAAUAGCUUAUUUGAAAGAGCUAGAAGAGGACUAUGAGUAGAAGGAUCUAAAGAAGAAGAUAGAUCAUCACAGAGAUGAGAUAUUAGCAUAGAAAAUAUUGCAAGUUUAAGAAGCUAAGGAUAAGAUAACCAAGCUAGCUGGCGAGCAAAACUCCAAGGUAAUCGAGCUCAAUCAGAUAAGAUCUUACAAUAAUUAGCUUCUAGAAGAAUACAAGUUAUCAAGUGAUGAUAACGAGAGGAUAAAGAGAAUGAACUUAAUUAAAUAUCAGGAGAGUGAGGAUGUUGAUAAGCGACUAAGACUGGCUAGAAUGCAACUGUAUAAAAAAGAGCAGAACAUAGAUAAGUUGCGCUAGGUAAAAGUUCAAAAAGAGCUUGAACUGCAUUAAAUCGACCAAGAAGUAGAGCUUAAGUUUAGUAAGCUUGAAAAAAGUGAGGAGCUUGCAGAUGAGCUUGAAAAUGAUAAUAAACAAGUGCAUUUCAAAAUCAAAAGGGUUAAAAUACAACUCUAAAAAGUUACCAUUGAAAAGAAUGAAAUUGAGGAGUACAUCUGUGAAACAGAUAAGGAACUACUAUAAAGUACUAUCAAACUAAAAAAAGCAGGAAAACUACAUUAGAAAAUAUAAAAAAUCAUUACUGAGCUGACAAGCAAAAAUGCAUAUAUUGAAGACUAAAACUUGGAAUUGGAGUAUUAAGAAAAAUCUUUGAACAUUAAAGUUAAUCAGCUGGAGGAAUAUAACGAUGAUCUGAAAGUAAAGCUUUAAACACUAAUCCAAGAAGAUAGCCUAGUUUAAUUACUAGACUUAAAUCAAAGGAAAUGCGAGCAAAUCUGCACAUCUUAUAUUAAUACAACUUUCUCAGGUCGCUAAAACGAUGUCAUAAGUAACACUACUUACUAUGAAACUACUAUGGACAAGGAUGUCUUGAGUAAUGGCAUUAAGGAUAUUGCCUAUGAAUUGAGAGGUGACUAGCUGUACUUUAGCAAUGAAAAUACCCUUAACUUCUCUAAUAUUAUGGGUUCCCCAUUGAAUGACACCACCAAAAUACAUUAAGAUUAUCAGUAGUAGUAGUAGUUCUAACCGAAUAAUCAUUUGAGUUUGAACAUGAUGUUUAACUCUGAUAAAGAAAACAUGGACUACUUGAACUAGCCAAUGAUUAUAAGCAGUUCCAAAACACCAAUGUAUAGACAUGAGAAAACUCUAAGCAGUCUAAAUAAUACUCAGUAAAUGAUGAGAUAGAUUUUGGAAAAUGACUAUUAAAGUCUUAGAGAUAAGAAAAAGCAGGCCUAGACUAUUGACUUUGCUGACAAUAACACCUAUCUAAAAUAUAUCAACUAAGGCCAGCCUAUUAAUGACAAUAAUGUAAAUGAAAGCUGCAACUAAAUGCUAGAUUAUAUAUCAGCAAAGAGGUAGAGUAAGCGCCAUCAAUCUCUAGUCCCAGUAGCUAGCUCUAAAUUAUCUCAUUCUUUCAAGAAAAUGUUUAACGAAAUCAAUUAAUGA